AUGGGUGUCUCCUUUUGGGGCCUAGCCAGCCUUAAGGAAGGGUUUGCUGCUGCUGCUGCUGCUGCUGCAGCAGCAGCAACCAAGAGUUUUGGCUAUGAUUUAGUAACAGUCCCCUCUAGUGGGGCCCCCCAAGAGGAGACAGCAGCAGCAGCAGCAACACCUGAGCAGCAACAGCUGCAGCAGGAGCAGCAGCAGCAGCAGGAGGAGCUUGUCUCCCGUAUAAUUGCCUUACUUGAUCUGUCUCUUCCUGAGCGUAUUAAGGCAGCAGAAGCAGCAGCAGAGGGACAAGAUGAGUUGGGGGCCCCUGGGGGCCCCUUUGCUUUGUUGCCCCCUUCUACCUCUGUACCCGAGGAGGCAUUGCAUGCACGCCUGCAUGCGCUGCACGGUUUGGGGCUUUAUGAAGAUUUCCCUAUAAUGGAGGGGGGCCCCCCUUAUCCUGAUUCGUUGCUGCACCAAGGUGUCUCCCCAGCUAUGGAGGGGGCCCCCGAGGACUCUCUUGAGGGGGCCCCCGAUGACUCUCUUGGGGGCCCCUCUCUUGACUCUAUUGAUUUGCCCCCAUUGGACCCUCUAGAGGGCCCCAUCCAGUACCCUUUUCCUGAUCCCUCCCAGUACCCUUUUGAGGGGCCCCCCGUGGACCCAUCAGAGGAGACGAACCCUGAUGAGGGGCCCCCUCCUCUUUCUUUAGGUUUAUCUACACGAAGACUGGGUACCGAUGUCCCCCCUAGGGGCCCCCCUGGUAGGGGCCCCUCUACAACAAAAAGGGGACAGCAGCAGCUGCCUACAGGGGCCCCCAAUAUGGACGCAGCGGGGGGCCCCCAAGGGCAACAGCCUUACAAUGGAGAGAUGUGGGGAGGAGCAGCAGGUAUGGAUGGUGCAGCAGCAGCAGCAAUAGCAGGUGGCUCAGCACCAGCAGGAGGAGGAGGAGUAGGAUUAGCAGCAGGUGCCCCAUUAUCCUCUCGUGUAUUCCCUUAUACAACUGCAGCAGCAGCAGCAGCAGGAGGAGCAGCAGGAGGAGCAGCAGGAGCAGCAGGAGGAGCAGCAGGAGGAGGAGAAGGAGACAAAAAAGCUCCUCAUGAAUACUACGCAGAGAGCAAGAAGUGUCUCCAAAUAAAAGGUCUCCGUUGGUCCCCUGAUCCAAGAGUCUUACAUCCUCAUCUAUUACAGGAUCUAAUUGGAGACACUGUUACACCUGAACUCUCUAAAGAAAGGGCCUUAUGGCAAGAAGCGUAUGGUUUUAAUAAGGAGAUAACAGUGACGAGUGCAGCAAGAAGAGGAGGAAGAUUUAAAUUAGUGUUUACGGAUGUAUUAGGUGCAGGAGGAAUAGGAGUUGUACUCUCGGCAAUAGAUAUAACAAAUAAUCGUCGUUUAGCUGUAAAAGUCUGCAGAUUAAGGAAUAGGAGCAGGAGGGGCCCCCAGUAUGACCAAGAUGUACUCAAGAGGAGGGUACAGCAAGAAAUAUCCUUAUGGAGACAUGUACCACCAGGACUAGAUGUACAACAAUGGGCAGAAAUAUCUCAAGUAGUAAUACCAUUAGAUUUAAUAGAGCCAAUAGAUAAGAUUGUCGCCUCUCAUGGAGACACCAUUGUUUAUUCACAAGAAUGGGUUAUAUUUGAUGUAUUUGCAGGAGAUCUUCUUAGUAUAAGCGAGAUAUGGAAGGGACGAAUGCCCGUCAGAAUUGAAGUCACUAAACAGGUUAUGUAG